UUUAUUUUACAAAUGAGUUAAAGGACAAACAAAAUGGCCGAUGCUGAGGAUAGAUUGGGAGGUGGCAGGGCCAUGAAGCGCUGUUGCGGUUUCCAUUGGAGGGGCAAGGCGACCAUCAUCAUACCUCUCGUCACAUUGCCGCUCUUGGUUCAUGGAUUAAUGACGGGCUUGUUGCCAUGGGUUUGCAUGUACUUGGUGGCCAAUAUGGCGCUCUUUUGGAUAACGGAGGCCAUUCCCCUGUAUUUGACAGCUCUGUUUCCGAUCGUUUUCUUGCCUCUUUUUGGGAUUUUGCCCUCGGAUAAGGUAUGCAGUUUUUACUUCAGCGAUACCGUGGUUAUGUUCCUUGGCGGUUUGCUGAUCGCUCUGGCCAUCGAAUAUAGUAAUCUCCAUCAGCGCAUCGCACUCACCACCAUUUUGGUAGUGGGCUGUAGUCCAAGGCGCUUGCACUUCGGUUUGGUCAUGGUGACUUGCUUCAUAUCGCUUUGGAUCUCGAAUUCGGCGGCCACGGCCAUGAUGUGUCCCAUAGUUAAGGCCGUUCUCAACGAAAUGGAAGCGCAAAAUAUUUUUGCCAUUUACAAGACACAGGAAGAGGAGCCAGUGGAGGAGGGCGACCCACCGCAUCCAUCCACCAUAUCGAUGGCCUUCUAUUUUGGAAUCGCAUAUGCCUCGUCAAUCGGCGGAUGUGGGACUCUGAUCGGAACUGGCACAAAUCUAACCUACAAGGGCCUAUACGAUACGCGCUUUCCGAAUUCCGAGGAGAAGAUCGACUUUCCCAUCUUCAUGGCCUACGCCAUUCCAUUUGUGGUGGUCGUGCUAAUAAUUCUCACCUUCUUAUCGCUGCAAAUCACCCACAUGGGUCUCUUUCGACCCAAAAGCAAGGUUGGUCAGGAGGUGAAGAAGGGCGCCGAGAGCAAGGACGUGGUCAAGGCCGUGAUCAAGGAGCGCAAGAAGGAGUUGGGAUCGAUGAGCUGCCAUGAAAUUCAAGUGGGACUGAUCUUUAUCCUCAUGAUUUUCCUACUGUUCACUCGAAAGCCAGGCUUCUUUCCCGGAUGGGCUGACUUUUUGAACGCUCAACCCAUAGGAAGUGGGCCACCGGUAUUUUUCGCUGUCCUUUUGCUCUUCGCCCUGCCCACUCAGUAUACUUUCUUCAAGUACUGCUGCGGAAAGGCUCCUUUCCCGGGACAAACGCUGGAUGCCUGCCUUUCGUGGGUCUACUGCCACAAGUAUACGCCCUUUGGCUUGUGCUUUUUGCUGGGCGGAGGAUUUGCUUUGGCCGAGGGCAGUCGGGUAAGCGGAAUGGCCAAAAUGCUGGGCCAGUCCUUGGCAUUCGCGGGAAGUAUGCACUAUGUCCUGGUUGUGGCCAUGUGCAUUGCCAUUUCCCUAUUUUGUACAGCCUUCGCUUCUAACGUGGCCAUCUGCAACAUUCUGAUUCCGAUAUUUUCGGAAAUGGCCAUAGCCAUCAAAGUGCAUCCCAUUGUAUUGACAUUUCCCUCUGCUCUGGCCUGCAGCUUGGCCUUUCAUCUGCCCGUGAGCACUCCACCCAAUGCAAUUAUCUCCGGCUAUACGGGAUUGAAGACCAAGUACAUGGCUAUUGCCGGUAUUUUGCCAACAUUUUGGUCCUUCUUCUGUCUGCUAUUCACUGGAACCGUGUGGACAAUGGUGAUCUAUCCAGCUACCACCGAUUUCCCCAAAUGGGCUCAAUAAAAAAAU